AUGUGUUCUGUUGGAUUCCUUAUCUUCUCUCUUUGUUUAGGUUUUCUUAGCGAGUGUUACCCUUUGCUCCUAACACUGAGCUUAACCCAACUUCACAAAGGUAUCAUGAAUAGGGAAAAGUUGAUGAAGAUGGCUGGUUCGGUUAGAACUGGAGGAAAGGGUACUGUGAGAAGAAAGAAGAAGGCUGUCCAUAAGACAACAACCACAGAUGACAAAAGACUUCAGAGCACUCUGAAGAGAAUAGGGGUGAAUGCCAUUCCUGCAAUUGAGGAAGUCAAUAUCUUUAAGGAUGAUGUAGUUAUCCAGUUUCUAAAUCCCAAAGUUCAAGCAUCCAUUGCUGCAAAUACUUGGGUUGUCAGUGGUUCUCCACAAACAAAGAAGUUGCAGGAUAUACUCCCCAGCAUUAUCCACCAAUUAGGACCAGAUAACUUGGAAAACCUUAAGAAGCUUGCGGAGCAAUUUCAGAAGCAGGCUCCUGAAGGAGCUGCUGGGUCAACCACAGCUCAAGAGGAGAAUGACGAUGACGACGUCCCGGAGCUUGUUCCAGGACAGGAUUUUGAGACAGCUGCCGAGGAGACCAAGGCAUCUUAG